CCCCACUCAGGAACUCUACCAUGAAUCAAGAAGAACUCAUGCAUUCGCAGAUCUUUCUGUCUGGCUGUACAGAUGCUCGCACACUGCUCACUCAUCCCACCCCCUUCUGCGUCUUCGCUGGUCAUCAUACCGUUCGCGAGAUCUGCUCCUGUCACGGUCACGGUCUCGGUCACGGUCACGGUCACGAUUAUAGCUAUCACGGUCUACACAAACAAAGAGGGACACACAUCAGAGUCGCUCAUGAGCGGACACACACAUCAGAGUCGCUCAUGAGCCGGCCAUGGUGGGGAGGACUCACCUCUGUAUCGGUCUCUCCGUCGGUCGUCGUCUUCGUCCCUCUCUCGGCGACGAGGUGACCGCCUGCCGUCUCUCUCCCGGUCCUCCCGGCCCCGCCUGCCCUCCUCCCUCCCGCCAUCGCGGCCGCCGUCCACGGCACCGGGGCGGGAGCCCACGCCGUCGCUCGUCACCCUAGCCGCUAUCUUUUCGGCCGCCCGCCUCGCCGCAAGGAUGGCCGGAUGGAUGCCUGCACUGGUUGCGGCACCCGCCCCACCCAACGCCCUCUUGCUCUUCUUGUCCUCCUCAUCGCUCGACAGGUCAUCCUCGGGAUUGACAACAAGACCGAGACCACGGUUGGCAGUGCCCUCCAUGUGCAGCGAAUGGGGGGCGUGCGCGCUGUCCCAUCUCGACCCACCCCCACCUGCACCCCCAUCGCCGCCCUUGUCCUUCGCAAAGCCGACACCGGCAUGACCACGGGCGGUUGCUUGGCCACCAUGCCCACUGUCACCCGUCUGCUGCUGUAGCUGCUGUGGCUGUUGCUGUGUCUGCAUGGUCUGCGCGGGGAUGCCGGCCAUGCCUUGCGGCACUGCACCAGUGGGCAUUGCCGACGAAAGGCCGGGGAUGCCGGGGAUCUUGGCCGGCUGAGGGGGUGGGGCCGCAUUGGUGGGCUUCCCUUGUGUCGACGGCAGGAACGUGAUGCCCGCCGUCUGCUUGGUGGUGGACGCAGGCAGAAAGGACGCUGAUGCUCCUGGCCCCCUGCCCGCUGCCAGCGCCAUCGGGCCGGCCGGGGCGGAGGGCUGGCUGCCUUUGGGCCCCGCUGCUGCUGCUGAUUUGGAUGGCUGGGCGAAUCGGCUGAAGCCUAGACCAGCCGAUGAUGGGCCGGAUGACUUGAACUGCUUGGCCUCUUUUUUGGUGCUGACGAACUUGAGGCCCGAGAGGCGAGCCGACUUGAAGGGACCUGCAUGGACAGAGUCAGACAGAUGGAUAAAUAAGGCAACAGAUGAGGGGUGAGAUCGACGCUCGUGCUGCUGCUUGACGCACCCACCAUGGGUCAGUGCCAGGUCCAGCAGCUGCUGCGGAACGGCCUGGUGAGCAGUCUGAAGAGGCAAACAGGUUGGCGGAUGAACACCUCUCCACACACAACACAUGGCUGUGUUGUUCCCUCCCACGGGCUGCCCACGUACCUCAAGAUUCUGCACGAGGUGCGCGGCCAUCUUGGCCUCGGCCUUGGUGAUGAAGGUGUAUGCCACGCCCAGCCUACCAGCCCGGCCAGUGCGGCCCACGCGAUGUGUGUGGGUCUCGAUGUCCCUUGCAACAUCCAGGUUGAGCACCACACUGAUGGAGGGAAUGUCCAGGCCGCGGGAAGCAACGUCCUGAACACACACACACGAACAACACAAGGUGUUUGCAGACGGCGGGCAUGUGUGUGGGCCGGUAGUUGGUUUACUUACUGUUGCGACGAGAAUCUUGAUUUGUUGUUUCUUGAGGUUGGCCAUGACCUCCAUGCGAUGGCUCUGGUCCAUGUCGCCGUGCAGACCGACAGCUAUCAAGACAGACAGCAGACACACAAACACAUACAUACACACAUGGCGUGGUGGGCAUGGCAGAUCCUCACCCUGCAUGUGGAAGCUGUCCUUGAGCUCAUUCGCCCAGUGCUCGACCUUGGCCUGCGAGUUGACGAACAUCAGCAGCUGGCCCUCCUGCGGCACUAUCUUUUGCAGAUUCGCACCUGAGACCACACACGACACGAAACAGGCAAGCCGAGUGGAGCACUGCAGUGGUGCAAUGGCCCCAUUCGCCUCCUUUAAAGCCUACCGAGCCACAUCGCCUUUCGCUCAUCGUUCUCAACGACAAUGACGCGCUGUUCGACGUGCUCGGCAGCCUGAAACGAGAUGACAGAUGGACACGAGCACAUGACGUCGCGUAUCUGUGACAGUGAUGCCGUCUUUACGUGUCCCGCGACGCCGAUGCUGAUGCGCACAGGGCUCUUAAGAAGGUCCCUGCAACACACAAGAGACGCAACAGAACCCGUCUGGCCCACACCCCUCCCUCUAUCUGUCCUCGUCUCACCUCGCGAGCCGUUCAAUCUUCGUAGGCAUUGUCGCCGAGAAGAGCAGUGUCUGCCGGUCGGGGCGGACAUUCGUGACGAUGCUGCGGACCUGGCACAGUGCCAAACAACAAAAAAAGAGCAAUCACGAUGGAGGUGUGGAUGGAACGGCCUGCCCUCGACAGACCUGUUUCUCGAAGCCCAUGGCGAGCAUGCGGUCGGCCUCAUCGAGGACGACCAUAGUGACCCUCUGGAGUGUGAACCCCUUCAUCUUGACAAUGUCGAUGAAGCGGCCCGGGUUGGCGAUGCACACCUCCGCCCCCUUGCGCAGCAGCUUGAACUGAUCCGUUUUGUUCAGGCCUCCUGCCAGCACGACACUCCUGCACACCCAUAGAGGAGAGGACACGAGCAGGCAGCCAUGUGCAGACAGACCAGCAGCAUGUGUGUACCUGUGCUGCGCUCACCCGAGUCCAGAGUUCUUUGCGAAUGCCCGGAACUCGCUGUCGAUCUGAAGCGCCAGCUCUCUGCACAGCCAACGGUGGCAGUUGCCGUCAGACGUGUGUCUGUAGUCAUCCUGUGCUGACCGUGUCGGACACAGGACGAUAGCGAUCGGCCCUUCACCGGUCUCCAACUCACGCUGAGGAAGGGGAGAAACACAGAGAUAGGUGUCGGUCUCCCGGCACGUCUUCAUGCAGUGACUGACCUGGUCGAGGCAGUGGACGAUGAUGGGUAUGAGGUAGGCCGCCGUCUUCCCGGAGCCCGUCUCGGCUAUGCCGAUCACAUCACGACCCGCCAACGCAGCGGGGGCCGCCUACACACACACACACACACACACGGAGAGAGAGAAAGCAACACACAACCAUUGUAGGCAGCGUCUGCAUGUGUGGCGAUGAAUGAAGGGCAUCUCUCAGCCAUCACACAGCCAUGCCAUGCAGGUGAGCGCACGCGGCUCUCUCUCUGUCACUUGUGUCUUCGGUCCGUUUACAAUGGCGCGGAGCACUUGAGCGCGCCACCAAGAAUUGAACCGGUACGUAUAGAUAAACACAUGCAUUGAUAUGUGUGUGUACCUACCUGGCACUGAAUGGGCGUGGGUGUGCUGUAGCCGUGACGAGAUAUCGCCGUCAUGAGCUUCUGAAGCGCACACAGAGAAAACGAAAGAAUGGGCACACAUCGAGGCGGCGAAGGUGUCUGCCUGACCUCGCCGAGCUGCAGGUGUGCGAACGAGCAAACCGGUCUGGGCACACUGAUGCCCGUCGCACUGAUCUCCAUCGACUUGCGGAGGCUGUCCACUUCAUCGAACGUCAGCUUCGCUAUCUCGCCGUGCUCCUUGUAGAAAUCCUGAACACAGCGAGCCGCACAAACGCGCACACAUAUCAAUGUGUACACACACAAGUGCAUCACUGUCUGUCCGGCUCCUGAUACAAGUGUCCUCACCUUCUUGAAUGGCUCGUAUUUGACCUUCGAGUGGUCGGUGGGGUCCAGUGGUGCGAUCUCUCUGGUGAACUUGGCCUCUGCCUCCUCCUCGGGAUCCAGUGCCUUCGCCGUCGCAUACACCUGAACACACACACACACACACACACACACACACACAUACACACACAUACACACACAUUGCAAACGAGGGUGGAUCGGCCGGUCGAUCGCCUUGAUGCUCGUCACUCGCUGACCUCUUCAUCGGAGUUGUAGCCGUCGUCCCCAUCUUGUUUCUGCUCUUUUUUGUCGUUCUUGGCACCGUUGGCUGCCGCUUCCUCGGCAGCACGCUGCGCCUGAUCGAUACACACAGAGGCAGACAGACAGACAGACCCAGUUGAUGUGUGACAGUGUGUCGGCGGCUCUGUGAGGUGCUCACCUGCAGGUACUCAUAGAAGGACUCCAGCGGAUCUUCGGCCUUCAACUCGUGAGGAUCUUGCUGAUGGAUGGAUGCAACACACACACAGAUAUCGCAUCUAUCGUUGUCUGAUCUACACACACAUCCGCUUGGCGUAAGUACCCUUCUCGGCUUGUGUUCCUCGGGUUUCCUCUUGGCCGUCUCGGCGUGCUGCUUCUUGACCUCGCUGUGGAUGUCCUUCAUGAAGGCCUCCAGCGGGUCCGCACCUCCGCUGCCCUCCCCAGCCGCCGGUGCAUGCGUCAUUUCCUCUUCCUCGUUGAAGUAAUCGUCAUCGUCGCCAUCAAAGCCGCGACGGCGGCCACGCCCGAAGCCAGACAUCCUGGCGGCGCUGGCGGUGGCUUUAAUGACG